AGUAUAGAAAUUGAACCCAUGUUAAUUGCACAAAAAUUUUCUUUUCUAUAUUCCAGAUGUCGACAUGGAACUCACUAAGCAUCCAACAUUUACACGUUCCCCAAGCGAGGACAGCUCUCCAAGCCCGACUUCUGACCCCCAGCGCAAGCUCAGCAAGAACAAAAGGAUGUUACCUGUUGUACCAGGGGUUGAUGAAGAACCUAAUGGAAAUGUAAACGGUAAUUUCAAACACUCUGAGACAAGUCCAUUUCAGACUCCACAAGAGCAAGAAGAGUAUGUUGUAGAUGAGAGUAAUAAGUAUGGUACAUACACCAAAAGAGGAAGAAAGUCACGAGGUAGUGUGAUCAGUAAUACCAUGGCACCUGAGCCAUCGGUAGCACCAGUACGAAGAACUCAAUUGGAGAGUAAACCAAAAGAAGAGCAAGUCUGGGUGAAGGUUAGCAGUAGUCUUGAUACAGAAUGCCUUUUGAAGGACACCGAGGAUUAUAUGAAAAGUCUGGAAUCCAGAGUUCGUCAAAAUACAUUUUCUACCUCUCCAGAUCAUUCUGAAGGAGUAGACACUUCCCAACGAUGUGAUGCUGAUGAAUCAGAUGUUGAUACAACCAGUAAUGUCAGUAACAUUGAGGUAGAGAGCAGUAAAAAGACAUGGCAGCCAAGUAAAGGGAGACAUCAAAGAAGCCGGUCAGAUUUCUCCACUAAAGAUAUGAUGGAAGAAACAAAGAAAGACAGAAAGAGACGGACAUCUGGUCAGGCCAGUUCAGUAACCGAUUCCACCUCUAAAAAAUCUUCCAGUAUUUGGAGUAGACUUUCUACUCCAUAUAAACAUAAGGUCACACCAAAAGACCCAGAGACUAUGAGUGAUACUGGUGAAGUUCCGGCAUUUAGGCGGAAUUCUGUUCAUACUGCUUCUCUACCAGGUAGCAGACGUAAAUCUACCUCUUCUGUUAGCCAGAAAGAAGCACAGAAGAAAGCUCAAACUCCUAAACUUCAGCGCAAGAGCAAAUCUCCCUUGCCACAACCAAGACAGACUCGAAGUACAAUGCUUCGAAAGUCACGUUUUGAGGACCAAGACACCAGUGAACUCAGUGACGUAAGUCCAAAGUCAAGCAUUUCGGAUCUUGGUCCUUCAUCUUACUCAAAGAAACCUCCCAUCUCAAAAUCUUCCACAUCCAAUGCAAAGGCAAAACAGGUUCAGUCACGACUUAACAGCGGACAAACAAAUAGGUCCUCUCAAGGAGGCAAAAGUGCACGGAGCGAUGUCAGUCUUGGUGCGCAAAUAUCACAGCUUUCACAGACUCAGAUUGAACGUGAACGUGUGCGAAAUCAGACUCGCAGGCAAAGUUCAUCCUCAGCAAAAAGCAACUUCCAAGCUAAGGUCAACGAGCGUACAGAUCCCAAACCAAAAGAAACUCGAUGGCGACGCUAUGAAUCUACUGGUUCAGAAACCGAAGCAGUCAAUGCAUAUAUAAAAUCUGUGAACACUCGAAAACAACAAAAGUCACAGGUGAACGACCUGAAAAAUGACUCUAGAAGGAGGAGGGCAUCCGUUGGUAAUAGGUCGCAGUUGGAGGUUGAACAAAGGCAGUACUUUGAAACUUCAAUUGAUGAUGUUAUUGAUUGUAAUGGAAAUGGAACCACUGAUGACCGUUUGUCAAGAGGAGAAGGAGAUGGUGAAGCCCAAGAAACUGAACAAGUGGCCAAGGAUGAGGUGAAUCUACAACCUCCCCUUAAGCUCUGUCCACACUACCAAGAUUUAUGUAACAAAAUCUGUGAUUUCCCUAUGUGUGUGUUAUGGCAUCACCAUGCCCAUAUAUAAGCAAUUAUAUACUUACCCGGUAUCACAUUUAAUUUGAUAGUGUGGACAGAGCCUUAUUUUUUGUCUGUUUUAUUAUGUCACUUGUCACAUAUAAUUUCAUGGUGUGAACAGAGCCUUAUUUUUUGUCUAUUUUAUUGUUAUGUCACUUUUCACAUAUAAUUUGAUAGUGUGAACAGAGCCUUAUUUUUUGUCUAUUUUAUUGUUAUGUCACUUUUCACAUAUAAUUUGAUAGUGUGAACAGAGUCUUAUUUUUGUCUAUUUUAUUGUUAUGUCACUUGUCACAUAAUUUCAUGGUGUGAACAGAGCCUUAUUUUUUGUCUAUUUUAUUGUUAUGUCACUUU